CGCUGUCGCUGUCGCUGUCGCGAUCGCGAUCUCCUCCUCCUCCUCCUCCGACGCCCCCCCUGAGAUAAUCGCAAUCUUCGGCUACUCUCGCCAACUUCCCGGAUUCGGUCGUGCCGUCGCGGAAGACCAGCUCGAGCCCGCCUGCCUGCCUCCGCCGCCGGUUUCGUCCCCCGGUCGCUGUCGAUCCUGUUCUUCUUGGCUCUGCCCUGCUCGGCGGUCGCGUCAAUGGCGGCGGCGGCGGCGAAUGGGAGCGCCGGCGGGGCGGACACCAGGGAGGAGUUCAAGCGGAUCUACGGGGUGCUCAAGGCGGAGCUGCUCGGGGACCCCGCCUUCGAGUUCACCGACUCGUCGCGCCAGUGGAUCGACCGCAUGUUGGACUACAAUGUACUUGGAGGGAAGUGCAAUCGCGGUCUCUCUGUGGUCGAUAGCUAUAAGCUGUUGAAGGGUGCCAAUGUUCUAGGUGAGGAAGAGAUGUUCCUCACGAGCACUCUUGGUUGGUGCAUUGAAUGGCUUCAAGCUUACUUUCUUGUGCUUGAUGAUAUCAUGGAUGAUUCACACACUCGACGUGGUCAGCCUUGUUGGUUUCGGCUGCCUCAGGUUGGCUCCAUCGCUAUCAAUGAUGGAGUUAUCCUUCGCAACCAUAUCACCCGAAUGCUUCGGUUCCACUUUAAGGGAAAACCUUACUAUGCUGAUCUCCUUGAUCUAUUCAAUGAGGUCGAGUUCAAGACAGCCUCAGGUCAAUUGCUAGACCUUAUCACAACUCAUGAGGGGGAAAAAGAUCUAACAAAAUACAACAUAGGAGUUCACCGCCGCAUCGUUCAAUAUAAGACAGCCUACUAUUCGUUUUAUCUGCCGGUUGCUUGUGCACUGUUGCUAUCUGGAGAGGACUUGGUUAACUAUGCUGCUGUAGAAGACAUUCUUGUUAAGAUGGGAAUAUACUUUCAAGUCCAGGACGAUUAUCUAGAUUGUUAUGGUGACCCUGAAUUUAUUGGCAAGAUCGGAACUGACAUUGAAGAUUACAAAUGCUCCUGGCUAGUUGUGCAAGCCCUUGAGCGUGCUGACGAGAGUCAAAAGCAUGUUCUGUUUGAAAAUUAUGGCAAGAAAGAUCCAGCCUGCGUGGCAAAAGUGAAGAAUCUAUACCGAGAACUAAACCUAGAGGCGAUAUUUCAAGACUACGAGAGUGAGAGUUACAAGAAGCUGAUUGCGGAUAUAGAGGCCCAGCCAAGCAUAGCUGUUCAGAAUGUUCUGAAGUCCUUCUUGCACAAGAUCUACAAGAGACAGAAGUAGGGGUUUCUGCGCAGGAAGAUGUUCACUGUUGCAUGUUUCUUCUUUGGCAAUUGAUGUUGUAUGAUGCCACUUGGUGCUCUGGAUAAUAAUGUUGCAAGGUGCUAUUUCGGGUUUGUUGGACCGUUUGUGUACAAUAAUUUCAUCUUGAUUAAUCAUGAAUGUCCUGUUAUUAC